GGGGGGGGCGUCUCUUCUGCUUAUUAUUGUGAGUUUGAAACCGGCGUUGCACCGCAUUGAUCCCGAAUAGCGGAGUGAUUGUAUGAGAUAAAGCUGUGCUGGAAUUUCCACCUAUCAUGUUGUUGCCUGUUCUGAGAAAAGCCUGAUUAAAUUAGUUUUCUGUAGAUAGAAAGCAAUGAUUCUACUCUGUCUGAAAACAAAUCAUUUCGUCUUUAUCUGACUCAACUUGUUUCAUGGCACUCCAGAAGAAACUACAGGGGCUGGUUGCAGCCACCAUCACCCCAAUGACUGAGGAUGGAAACAUCAAUCUCUCUCUGAUCCGCCAGUAUGUGGAUUACCUAAUAAAUCAGCAAGGCGUCAAGAAUGUAUUUGUGAAUGGAACAACAGGAGAAGGUCUAUCCCUAAGUGUUCAGGAGAGAAAACAGCUGGCAGAGGAAUGGGUGACUCAAGGCAAGGAUAAGCUGGAUCAUGUAAUAAUUCAUGUUGGAUCAAUGAGCUUACCUGAAUCCAAGGAUCUGGCCAAGCACGCAGCCCAGAUAGGAGCGGAUGGCAUAUCUGUCAUUUCCCCUUUUUUCUUCAAACAGGUGACUAAAGAUGAAUUGGUUGCCUUCUUCCGGGAUGUCGCAUCUCAAGCUCCUAAUAUCCCAUUCUAUUAUUAUCACAUUCCUCCAAUCACUGGCAUGAAAUUUUGUGCCGAAGAAUUAGUAGAUUGUAUGAAAGAGCAGAUCCCCACCUUUAAGGGGGUGAAGUUCAGUGACAGAGACCUUCUGGAUUUGAGGCAGUGCCUACAAAAAAGCGAACAAGAUAAUUUUGUGUUUAUGUAUGGUGUGGAUGAGCAACUCCUGAGCGCACUGGUGAUAGGAGUAAAUGGGGCAGUUGGAAGUACAUAUAACUACCUGGGUAGAAUUCAUAACGUAAUACUGGAAGCUUUUGCCUCUGGAGAUUUGAAUACAGCACAAAAAUAUGAGUUUUGUAUUCAGGAGUUCUUCGGCUUUCUCUUUUCACUAGGCUUUGGUGUGCCACAAAUCAAAGCGGUCAUGACAUUAAUUUCCGGGAUCCCGAUGGGCCCACCGCGACUUCCACUUUCACCUGCCUCUGAUGACUUCAUUGUGAAAGUAAAAACCAAACUAGAAUGGCUGAAUAACUGUCUCUCUAGUUAAAACUCACGGUGGUCUUAAAACAACAUCCAUCUAAUUUGAUAAACCGGUAACUUGAAAUGUAGUAUUUGAAAUACUUGAGGGUUGCAUCAUUUUCAUGAGGUUUCAUGAAUCUGGCUUGGACUGCUUCGUAUCCAGAAUGAUCUGGCCUUCUUUGUGCAGAAGGUGAUACCUGCUUCUAGUCUGCCAGUGGUGUGAAGUUUUCCAGGAGAAAGAGACUUAACAUUGAAAAAAGGAAGAUCUUGUUUCCAACAAAUAAAAGGAGUCUUAUCUCCUGAAAUUCUUCUGCAACCUUAAAGAGCAGGGCACAAUUUAA